AUGGAAUAUUUUAGUUCUCUAGUUGUUGAUGAGUUCAUUCUUACAGAUCCGGGGCCACUGAAAUGCCGCGGUCGUAAUGACGAGUUCCAAAAACGGCGCCGGAUAGUGGUGGAUGAUCGCAUCGUCGACAUUGUCAAGAGAGUUGGAUUAGAGGGGCUGUAUAGGACCCCAUUUAGAGAGAUUGAUCAUAACUUGAUAACGGCCUUCGUUCAGCGAUGGCGGCCUAAAACCCACACCUUCCACCUGCCACAUAGUGAGACAACAAUCACAUUACAAGAUGUGGAGGUUCUUUUGGGGAUUCCAAUCAAUGGUGAGGCAAUUGUUGGAACAACUGACUUGACAUGGGCUGCUGAAUGUCAGAGUAUGCUUGGAAUUGCUACUAAUGAUACUGUGCUUAAAGGACAAAGGAUCCAAAUUAAGAAGCUACUAGAAAAAAUUGACCAAGGGUUGCCCGAUGGUGCAGCAGAGGUGGUUGUGCAUCAAUAUGCACGGUGUUAUAUUCUAGCACUCCUGGCAGACACAAUUUUCACCGACAAGUCUGGCGAUAGGGUGCAUACGAUGUGGUUGCAGAUGUUGAGGGACCUUCGCAAUCCACCUCAGUACAGUUGGGAGAGCGCUUGCCUUGCAUGGUUGUAUAGAGAGUUAUGCAGGGCAACCGACAGAGGUGCCAGUCAGAUUGGUGGGGCCUUGUUGCUAGUUCAGUAUUGGGCAUGGGUCAGAUUCCCUUUUUUGUGCCCAAGGAUGGACCUCCCACCAGAUGGUGCAUAUGGCCCACCAUUUGCACCUUCUCCACUGUCCAUUAAGACCGUGUGGGUUGUGAGCACCUUGAAUAGCCCCGCUGAAAUCUGUCUGGUUCGGUACCGUCAGCUUUUAGAUUGUAUGCAUUCGAAGCAGGUGGUGUGGCAACCAUAUGAAGCUGAAUUAGUCCGCCUGCCUGUGUUCUAUGUCGCAGGAAGGGAUGUAUGGACGGCGAGGGUACCGCUUGUAUGUUUCUGGCUAGUAGAGAAACAUACACUAGACCGUGUUGUUCGUCAGUUCGGGAUGGUACAAGAAAUCCCCCCAAAUGUUGAUACUGACGAAGCCUUUCAUGCCAUAGACCUGAGGGGGAAGAUGGCGGUGAAUUGGAGAGACAAACAUUAUGGUCAUAUCCAAGUUACCAGUCACAAGCAGCUAUUGACACGUUAUACAGUAGGCAGUCCUGAGUACAAGCAUAUUUCAACUGUACUUAAGACAGUGGAACGCCUUCACUGUAUAACUGCCCAACGUUGGAAAGACCAAUGGGGCAAAUCCAGAAGCACCAAAAGAUACUGGACGACCAAGCACGAGCUCAACUUGUGCCAGCCAUAG